AUCGGCCACUGCAAUCAUCUUGCAAAUAAUCACGCAAGGCUGACAGGAAGCUUGUACAGCACUCUGCGCCAUAAGACCAGUAUCGAUGCUUGAUUUUACAAUUUAUCAUUCUUUCUGCACCCUCCAUGACCGCCCUAUGCCAAGUGCUGUUCGUUGACCCAUCAUGUCGUCCUUUCAAGCGCUUAAUAUCGACUAUGACCAAGUCGCCGCGGAGCAAGACGUCGACGACACGAAAGAGCUACAAAUUGAAGACGCGCUAAAGCUCUAUCAAACUGCCCUCAAAUACCAUGCAGAAGGCCCAGCUUCCUAUGAGAAAGCUCUCGGCGCGUACAAGGAGCUUUUCGCCUCUGAAAUCUUCAAGUAUACUGAAGCGCAGUCCGAACUUGUGCGCGCUGAGACUUUCCCUGAGUAUGAAGAGAUGUGGAUCGAGAGUUUCCAGGUUGGCCCCGCCCAACCGACUUCGAAUGUCGAGACGGCGCCCAAUACGCUGAGCCAGCUUGUGUACCUAAGCCAUAAGAAUUACGGAAGAUUCCUUCUAGAUUCGCUGCAAUGGAUUGUGCAAGGGCAUCUUGGGGAGCAUUCAGGCGUAGCGUUUACCCAGCGUACUGUAGAAAUUGCGAAACAAACGCUCAAUGCGUAUUCGGAAGCAUUGGACAAGGACGAUACAGACGUUGAACUCUGGCGAUCUGGCGGGUCUGUUGCGCAGAUAAUAGGAUGCAACAGAAUUGCGAGAUUCUGUCUGGAAGCUGUCCUUGACAUGGGUGAGGAGACUUUGGAUGAUAUAUUAGGACUUCCCAAUGUGGAACAAAAUCUUGCCUUGCUGAAAUUGCAGGAGAUGGCAAGGAGUCUAGAGGAUGAUUUGUCACGGGCUCUAGCUCCCCUUUCCACAAUUAGACGCCAAAAGUUGGGAGAAAUACUAAUCAAGCGUUUGGAGUCACACACGAUAAUACCGAAGCCAUCCUUUGUGGAGACGGCAUAUUCAGAGCAGGGACAUUACGGGCGCACCCCAAUGCGUAAUCCGAUUUUGGCCGCACGACGCGACUGGGCUGCCGUUGGAGAUGCCAUUUUGCAGCUCCAAAAUUUGAUGGAAAGUACUAAGGUAGACGUUGGGCCGGGCAUCGGUAUCAACAUCGUCUUUCCAGAGCGAGGCGCUGAUGAAGCCCAAGAGACGGAACAUCCCAAUCUUCCUGAACGAGCUAGAUCGGUUAGCAAGAGUCAGCCAGAGGUUGCGAGAGUCAAACAAGAGGGCGCAUCAACUAAGGGCCUCAAUGAAUCAAAUGAUGCACAGAAUUCAAUCACGUCGGAUGAGAAAUUGAGCGAAGAUCUUGCGGCAGAAAAGCAGUUGCAUGUUGAGAGUGCCGAAGCGCAAGAGUCCGCCGUAGCGCCAAGUCGAAAGCGGUCACCCGAAUCUGCUGAACUGGCUGAAGAUGAAGGUCGUGGUCGCAGCAAGCGAGGCCGGACACGAGGCGAGGUUCCCGACGUCAAUAAGGCAGACGAAGCCAAAAUUAAUGCAGACUGGCAGCUCGGAAUCUACAAGGAUUCAGAUAGCUGGUUGAUCGAUGCAACAAACGCAUUUCUGCAAAGACUACAUCUCCCUGAGCUAUUCUCAGCCACAGAUCUGCGAAACCUCGUCGAUGGCGAGAGCAGCCAUUCGGGCAAUGUGAGAUUCAAGACUGUGAUCAAGUUCUUUUACGACGUGACCACGUCAUGCUCGCCGGAGCUUGCGCAGAUCUUGACGAACGGAUUGAAUAACGAGAAUAUUGAUAGCUUUGGUGCCGCAUCUCGAGAGUCAGGGCUAAAUGCUUUUCUGCAGACUUCACCGUCACAAUGCUCACAAGCUUGCGUAAGGCCAAUGCUGGCCACCACUGAGGGCUUACACGAUUGGGUGGAGGAACUGAAUGCGAACUGGUAUUACCCAAAGGAAGCUGCUUGGAAGUUUCUGAAUGCAUUACUACGACCUGGCUGUUUCCCCGGGUCAGACGUGAAUGCACCCUCGAGCUAUCUACGCCAUCAAUGGCCGGAGGAUCUCAAACGCUGUGUUGUACAGCUCGCCGUACGCUUUGAUGACUACAUCUAUGAGCAGGCUAAUACUGAGGUGGCGAAGCUUGUUGCUAGAGAGCUAAAGCAUCAGAACAUGGGUCUAGAUUUCAUGCUUUCCCAGGAAGAGAAAAACAUGGUAGAGUUCGUGCAAACAAUAUUUGAAUUACACCUCGAUGUGUAUUCACUCAUCAAGCGACCCGGGACCAACGUGGACGACCUCACAACAACAUCACAGAAAGCUAGAUUAGAGAUCUGGUCUUCCCUUGCGAACACGGCAAUUAAUCUUCGUAUUAGUGGUCAGAACGAGCCAGAUACAGAUGAUCUCUCAUUAAGACACAUUUGGGCGACUGCGUUUCACAUAUCAGUUUGUGACGAUGUCUCACAAACUCAUAUCUUACAGUGCAUGAAGGAUUUAAAGGCUUUACUCCACACCCUGGAUGGACCUUGCAUCUUUUUACACAACAACGCUGUAAUACCGGAAAUUUCAGUGUCUGCAAUCGAGCAGGAGCUAAGCAAGAUCAACAUGAAAGACUUUUUUGCCAAGAUAUUUAGUGAUCGUGAAGAAGAUCCCGUUGAAACGAUCGAGAGUCUAGAGCCGUUGCUUGAGGGCUCUGUUGAGAAGUUCAACUCCUGCAGUGAGAAAGAUGAAGCCAACGUCGAAGAGAAUGCUGGUCAAGAAGGCGACGAGACCAGGGACAGCGAACGAGAUCCGACACCACAAGAACAAAUGAAUAAAUUUCUGGGGAAUUCGACCUGGACUUUACGACUAUCGCUGUGGCAGCGCCUGCGUCAGGCAUACAAGGCAAUCGAUUACAAUCCAAAGGUUGCUUCAUGUCAUUUGCGCAGUAUCGAAUUGCUGACAAAGGAGAUGCUUGCGCGUAAUUCAAGCAUUAUGGUUGAAUCGAGAAGGUUGGAGCUGCUCCGCUGGUUCCAUGUCAUUGAUGAGUUUAUCCAGAAGGUACUUACUCUGCACCGGUCUUGUCCAGACGUUUUCGAGUGCGUAGACUUGGACCAUCUCAAAUGUUCCAUCACAGCUGUGACUUGUCUACUCCAGAUGGUGCACAGCUUUAAUUUGUUCGAGGAUAAAGUUCGUGUUGGGACGUUGCCCUUUCCAACAUUUGAGGGCAAAGUGAAGCCAUCGUUUACAAUGACAGCGCGAUGGAUGCAUAAUUUUCAACUUCGAGGAUGGAUGCUCCUAUAUCGCUUGUUCCAGGAAGCAAUCGAGCAGGAUCCUGAAGCCUUCGAGAAUCCUACUGAAUUGAAAAUGGAGUAUCUACGCACGUUGCAUUAUGCACUUGGCCAGCGUAAAAUCUGUAACGAAGCCCACAAAGAACUUCUGCACUUGCUGCUCGACGAGAUGCUUGUGCUUUCGGAUUCAGAAUUCUCGGAAACAGAGCUUGCACAAGUCGUUUUCGACUUGUACGGUCUUAAAUUUGCUCCUAAACCUGACGAUGAGCUUAUGGACCACGGAUGCACAGAUCACGAGAUGCUAACAAGGAAGUCUGCUCUUAAACUGCUUAGUUUCUUCAUCGAGCAAGCUAAGAAGGUAUCUAUGAAGGAUCUGCCGAAACAUGAUAUCAAGAAUGCAGUAGAUAAGGUACAAAGCGCACUAGGAAAAGGCAAGAGCACUGAUGAUCAGCUGUUGAAUUUCAGAGUUUACAGCAACUACAUGAAGUCGCCCAUCAAUCCUCUCGAUCUAUUCUCCUGCCUGAGAGGCACUUUCGAGAUCCCGAUGAAGCCGAUCCCUGAGUCGGAUUCGCCGGUAGCAAGCAAAGGAUGGUAUUUUCUUCUUGGCAUGAUUGCACUCAACAAGUUCAAGUCCGUGAAAAGACUUCAGCCUGGGCCGUGUGAAGAUCUCGUGAAUGCACAGGCAUUCUUCAGGCAAGAUAUUGAGUAUUGCAGUGAUCAUUGGGAGAGCUGGUACCGUCUUGCGCAGGUCAACGAUCUUCAGCUUGAAGAGCACGUCUCGUGGUCCGCGGAGAAGUUAAAUGCCCAUGCGCACGAAAUCUUCCACUAUCAACGGAAUGCACUGCACGCGUAUAUAAUGGCAACGUCUGCUGCCGUGCGUUCAGCAGACCAAUCACCAAAAGCGGUUGCCCUCAUGGCUGAGAUGUAUGCCGAUUUUGGAAACAGAAUAUACGCGUCUUCACGGGAUCCAUUCUCGAUGCUGGCUUUCGGAUUUCUGGACAAAGAGGAAAGACACUUCAGUGGAGAAGUGAUGUAUCAAAGGCCGCCAUUCAAGCCCCUACAGCUCUUCCAGGCUUGGAGGUUAGCCGCCGUGUUGUUCAGGAGAUCACUAGCUCGUGCCCCUGAAAAAUGGCUCACGUAUUACAUGCUGGGCAAAUGCCUGUGGAAAAUGUAUACGUACGAGCUCCCAGAAGGCUCUUCAGAUGACAAACAUAGGCCUUCCAAGCAAGAGGUUAUCGACUGCUUCGUCAAUGCUGUCAAUAAACUUCCUAAACGAGAUAGCAGGAAGGAGCCAAUCCUUGAGCCACAUUAUAAGCUAGUAGCCAUCAUUCAUAAGCUUGUCAAACGAGGCGACCUGAAUAUAUCUGAAGCAUACGAGCUGUUGAAGUCGUCUCUAUAUUCGGCGAAGAUUCCCGCUCCCGAUGCCGGCCAGGACAGAUCCUCGGCCGACUACGUGAUGAGUAUCCUCAAGUCCCUACGUUCGGCAGAUAAGGCAGGUUGGCACCAUCGCAUGACUGCUCGGGCCGCACACCUUGUUUAUGACGACUCACCACUUAACCCAGUCAGCGCUAUGGAAGCCAAGCACGAGCUCACACAGCAGAUGUUCACUAAAACGAUGGUGCUUCAAGUAUGGAAACCAGAGUUCGAGCGUCCAGGUCGACAUUUUGUGUACACGACACGAUAUGUGCGUUUUUUUGUUCAGCUGCUUUCCCAAUUGAGCGACCGGGAGGGAUUGUCUGCCCUUGUGAAGAGAUUGAGGCGAAAGCCAGAUCAAUACUUUGAUCACAACAAACUCUGGCAUGAUACAUGCAUAACAUAUUUGAAAUUGCUUCGAAGAGCUGGUUCAGUGCCUGAAGGCUAUGAGGACGCCGUUUUCAAGAGCUUGAACCAUGACGAUUUCACUGUCCGAAGCGCGAAACUAGAGAUAUGGUGUCACACUAUGGGAAACCACUCAUUGACUUAUAGCAUACUGACCGACGUCAUUGAGCUUAAGAAAGUCAACAAUGGUCUGAUGAAAGCGAUGCUCAUCGACGAUCUCCUUGGCGAUACAUACGCGAAACUCUAUGAAGAAGUCGGCCCGGAACAGCUGGAGCGCAUCAAUCUUCCAACAAAUGAAGGUACGCCUGCACCCAUUUUGCCUCCUACAGCCCCCCCAGUGACUACGACCCCAAAGCCUAUGGCUCUCACAGCGGUGAUGAAUUUGGACGGAGCCGCUAUCGCUGAGGCUUCUCGAGUUGCAACGCCACAACCGGAACCUCCAGUUCCAACCAAAACACGUGUCAAACUUGGGGUUGGUCGCCGGGAAAUACAACGAAAAGCUGAAGCCGCGGUCAACCGACCCGCUGCCGCUGGAGCAUCGCUUCGCUCGAAUUCUAUCUCAGUGCCGCCAGUGGCGAAUCAAACAGCAUCUCUUGCUGGUGCAAGUCCGAAAUCUUCGAGUGCCAAAUUGCCUUCGGUAAUACCUCCUGCAGUAGCUUCCACGCCGGCGCCAUUGCCUUCAGAUUCACAUUCCGGCAAUCUGGCAGCUCUCAGUAGUGAUGAAAGUGAGUUGUCGGAGCUGGAGGAGGAACCUGAAGAGCCCAGUCACUUGGCAAGACCUGCUUCGGCUUUUAUGGAUCUGAGAAGAGAAUCGCCGGCCGGUAGCUCGACUACGGCACAGGAUCCCGGGGAAAGCAAGGAUGAGGCAGACGAGGAUGAAGAAGCAAUUGAUGAUGAGGAAGUAGAGGUUGAUGAGCAAGAAGAGAAUGACGAAGCUGAGCAGAGUAGAGACGAAGAUGGCGAUGAAAUCAUGGCUGAUUAAUAUGCUUUGCCAGGCCUAUGUGCUCUAUUCAAGAUGAAAUAAGAAAUUCUCAUAAGCAAAUGCAAGUAUUCGCUGUCGUGCAAAUUUCCCUC